AUGGCUGAUCUGGCACUUGACUACGGCCCAGCCGAUACGGGCGUGCCCACAGCCGUUCCGAUGCAGGAUGAAGCUAUGAAGGAAGACGUGCCGCACUCGGAGCCUGGAUCACGCUUCUACGCUCUUCCUACGGACCAGGCUGUGGAAGCAGGAGCGCAACGUGGGCCAGAACCUCUGUCCGGUGCCGAGUCCAACCUGGACGAUGCUGCACUCGUCGGUGUCGAACCGCCUACAGAGACACCCGAUCCUCCCGCGGUCGAAGGAGGUUCCGACAUCCUUCUGGAUACGCUUCUCAUCGAGGGUCUGCCCAUCACACAACUCUCAACAUCGCGUCUGUUUGCGUACCUCACUCACUUUGGGGCUCAACCUCUAGGUCUGGAAUGGAUCGACGACCAGCGGUGUAAAGUUGUCUUUGCGGACGAACGAUCGGCACGUCUCGGGUUGGAAUACCUCGUUCCACCGUCCAAUGCCGACGAGAUGCAGUCGACCGAAAUCGACAAUGCUCCUCUGCCCAACAUGGAUACCCUGCUCGAAUACGACCCAGAUUCUUGGCAUUCGGAAUACAUCACAUCGCUCGUCACUCCGCGAAAAGCGCACCGCAUCCCUGCCAAACUCUACAACCACAUUGAACGACAAGCCGCGCUUGUAGAGAUGGAACAACGCAAACGAACUCAGGAAGCGGUCUCUUGCCUGCCAGACGACGUACCAGAGAUCUACCGUGAGAUGGAGGAAGCGGAUUGCAAAGCGGGCGAGACUCGGGAAGUGCGAGAUCUAAACAAGCUGCGUUCUUCGCUUUGGCUGCGCCAUGCGGUGAGCGGCGUGGACCGCAAAGAGGCGCGUGCGUCAACACGAAGUCAGUGGUACAAGAGACACGGCCAUGAAGCAGGUAGAGAGAUUGUUCCCAAGCUGUUGCAAGUGGGAGAGGUGAAGGAGAGCAUCGAGUUGUUCCCGGAUUGGAAGCCGAGCAAAGCGUCGCAACAGAGCCGCGACGAUCGAAAGAGUCGGAUGCAACAGCUGGAUUCUGAAUUGGAAGGAUACCUUGCUUCGAGGAAUGCGGAUGCGGAUGCGGAACCGGAGAGGAGACCGGGCGAAAUGAUGGCGGAUGUGAUUGAUGAUUCGACAAGGAGAGAAGGCGAUCUGAUGGAUCGUUUCACGUCGUCACGACGCAGCGGCAGAGGUCAUCGGCACGACCGCACCGUCGAAGCUGACAUCGACCGAUGGACACACGACGCAUACGAGUCGCUCGACCACGACCGCUCGGACCACCGUCGAGCAUCCCGACGCGCUCGCCCCACGCGCAACAACUUGGCCUCCAUGGACGAUGAACUUGAACAACUUGGCCGCUCACGACGCGACCAGCACCAACGCGAACUCUCCCCGUCCCGUCGACCCUCACACUCCCGCUACGAUACCGACCAAAGUGCUGGUCGAGUCAAAGUCAAAGGAAGAGGCAGAAUGAAGGCUCCUGGCUUUGACGAUCGCUGGAAUUCCUCCCAGGACACUUCGAGAUCCGGUAGCAACCUACUGGAUCGUAUCGGUCACGCAGCCAAAGGACCACUCGCCGAUCGCUUUGCUUGA